UCACACACCGCACAGUAGAUUGUGAUUGGACCAAUUUCCAUAAUACACACUGUCUGAGGCUUGCCUUUGUGCCUCCACCACUACCCAAUAUUUAUGCUCCCAAACCACACCCACUCCCAUUUCCAUUCUCUUCUCUCUCAAUAAUGGCUGCCCUCUCCUCCGCCUUCUUCUUGCUUUUCCUAUUUUCUUGCCAUCCCAUCUUCGCCUCCCUCGAUUACCAAACCCUUUCGCUUCGUCCUCUCCCCACCGCUCAACACUACUCCCUCUCUUCCAAACCCCAAUAUUCUCAAACCCUUGUUCAACCUGACGACUCCGAAAACACCCUUUCCCUUGACCUACACCAUAUCGACCUCAUCUCUUCCGCUGCCGUCAAUGCCACCCCCAAGGCCCUCUUCGUGAAACGCCUACAGCGCGAUGCAGCUAGGGCCAAGGCUCUUUCCCUGCUCGCCGCCGCCGCACCACCACAUAACGCCACCCGCGGAAGGGACUUCAGUAGCUCAGUCAUUUCCGGGCUUGCUCAGGGGAGUGGUGAGUACUUCACGCGCCUUGGCGUUGGCACUCCUCCCAAGUACGCUUUCAUGGUUCUAGACACUGGAAGCGACGUCGUUUGGCUCCAGUGCUCCCCUUGCAGAAAGUGCUACGCCCAGACAGACCCGGUUUUCGAUCCCAGCAAAUCAUCCUCCUUUGUUGGCGUUAAGUGUGACUCUCCCCUUUGUCGCCGUCUCGACUCUUCUGGCUGCAACAAGCGCCAAACGUGCCUCUACCAAGUGUCCUACGGCGAUGGCUCUUUUACCGUCGGCGACUUUUCCACCGAGACACUGACGUUCAGGAGGACGCGAGUGAGAAACGUCGCACUGGGUUGCGGUCACGACAACGAAGGUUUGUUCGUGGGAGCAGCCGGUCUAUUGGGACUGGGGAGGGGGAGAUUAUCGUUUCCGAGUCAGGCCGGUCGACGUUUCGGGCGUAAGUUCUCGUAUUGCCUCGUGGACCGCUCCUCCGCCUCCUCUAGGCCAUCAUCUUCAAUAGUUUUUGGUGAUUCGGCGGUUUCCAGAAGUGCGGUUUUUACCCCUCUGCUCACCAACCCAAAAUUGGAUACCUUCUACUACGUGGAGCUAACUGGAAUUAGCAUCGGAGGGGCUAGGGUCCGGGGUAUUAACCCCUCGGUAUUCAAGCUGGAUCCGACAGGAAAUGGUGGAGUGAUAGUGGAUUCGGGUACAUCGGUAACCCGGUUGACCCGGGCAGCGUACGUGGCAAUGAGAGAUGCAUUCCGGAAGGGGGCUUCGGACCUGAAACCAUCAUCGGAGUUCUCGUUGUUCGAUACGUGCUUCGACCUGUCAGGGAAAACAGAAGUGAAGGUGCCGACGGUGGUGCUGCAUUUCCGGGGAGCGGACGUAUCACUUCCGGCUGCGAACUAUUUAAUUCCGGUGGAUACGGAGGGGAAGUUCUGUUUUGCGUUUGCGGGGACAACAAGCGGGCUAUCCAUAAUUGGGAACAUCCAGCAACAAGGAUUCCGGGUGGUGUUCGACUUGGCGGGUUCUAGACUCGGGUUCGCUGCCAGUGGGUGCGCAUAAUAAUUCUAAUUUACUCCCAAAUAUCUGUUUCCUAUUCCUGUUGGAGGAUUUUAAUUUCAGUUAUAUUUAAUUUUGAAUUAUAAAUGUAGUAGGUAGUGGGGUAUUUUGGUUGGAUCUCCGGAAAGAGGGGAUGAAUCGAAUUACUAGGAUAUGAUGAUUUAUGAACAAAAAUUGGAGCAUCGCAAUGCAAUGCAAUGCAAUGGUCACAUGGGUGAGUAAAUUAUUACUCUGAAAAUGUGUGUGUAACUACGUACACACUUAUGCAACCUAAUUAAUUGGUGUUUGUAUGUUUUGUAUUCUUCUCGCUGGGUGAACCACCAUCUCCAUUAUCAUGUAUUUGGAGCAUGAGGAUUUUUAUUUA